AUGCCACGUCAUUACUGUCUGCGUUGAUGCUGUUUCCUGACUGACAUCUCGCUCGACCAAUAAGAAGGCACUAUGGAGAAAGGCGAUUGGUUGUCAAUCGAAGAGGGGUGGGUCUAAGAGAUAGGCGUUCCCAGCAACCAAGGCGCCGAGUAGCUGUUACUGACAAGCAAGCUGAAGACAUGUGUGGAAUCUUUGCCUAUCUCAAUUACCAUGUGCCAAGGACACGGCGGGACAUCCUUGAGAUCCUCAUCAAGGGUCUCCGACGUCUGGAGUACAGAGGCUAUGACUCAGCUGGAGUGGGAAUUGAUGGAGGCAACAGUAAGGAGUGGGAGUCCAACGCCAAGUCCAUCCACUUGAUCAAGCAACGUGGAAAAGUGAAAGCUCUCGAUGAGGAGAUCCACAAACAGCAGGAUAUCGACCUGGAUGUGGAGUUUGAUGUUCACCUUGGCAUCGCUCACACUCGCUGGGCAACACACGGCGUGCCGAGCCCAGUGAACAGUCAUCCACAGAGAUCUGACAAGAACAACGAGUUCAUCGUCAUCCACAAUGGAAUCAUCACCAACUACAAAGACCUGAGGAAAUUCUUGGAGAGCAAAGGCUAUGAGUUUGAGUCAGAGACUGACACAGAGACCAUUGCCAAGCUGGCAAAGUACAUGUAUGACAACCGGGAGAGUGAUGACCUGAGUUUUGCCACAUUGGUUGAACGUGUUAUUCAGCAACUGGAGGGAGCGUUCGCCCUGGUGUUCAAGAGUGUUCAUUACCCCGGAGAGGCUGUUGGAACAAGGAGAGGAGGUCCUUUGCUCAUGGGCGUUCGCAGUGAUCAUAAGCUGUCCACGGAUCACAUCCCUGUGCUGUACCGCUCCUCUGGUAAAGACAAGAAGAGCUGCAGUUCCAUCCCCAGGACAGACCAGGACACCUGCCUGUUCCCUGUAGAUGAGAAGGCUGUGGAGUACUUCUUUGCCUCUGAUGCCAGUGCUGUGAUCGAGCAUACAAACCGCGUGAUCUUCCUCGAGGACGAUGACGUGGCUGCCGUGGUGGAGGGCCGCCUGUCCAUCCACAGGAUAAAGCGCAGCGCGGGAGACUACCCAGCCCGAGCAAUCCAGACCCUGCAGAUGGAGCUGCAGCAGAUCAUGAAGGGCAACUUCAGCUCCUUCAUGCAGAAAGAGAUCUUCGAGCAGCCAGAAUCUGUGGUGAACACCAUGAGAGGGAGAGUCAAUUUUGACAACAACACAGUGACAUUGGGUGGCCUGAAGGACCACAUCAAAGAAAUCCAAAGGUGUCGAAGGCUCAUUCUUAUUGCCUGUGGAACCAGCUAUCAUGCUGGUGUAGCGACCCGGCAGGUUUUGGAGGAGCUCACCGAGCUGCCGGUCAUGGUGGAGCUGGCCAGCGACUUCUUGGACAGGAACACGCCAGUCUUCCGAGAUGAUGUCUGCUUUUUUAUCAGCCAGUCAGGGGAGACUGCAGACAGCCUCAUGGCCCUGCGCUACUGUAAGGAGAGGAGUGCUCUGACGGUGGGCAUCACCAACACAGUGGGCAGCUCCAUCUCCAGGGAGACGGACUGUGGAGUCCACAUUAAUGCCGGACCAGAGAUUGGAGUUGCCAGCACCAAGGCUUACACCAGUCAGUUUGUGGCCCUCAUCAUGUUCGCUCUGCUGAUGUGUGAUGACAGGAUCUCCAUGCAGCCCAGACGCCGAGAGAUCAUCCAGGGCCUGAGAGUGCUUCCAGAUCUGAUUAAAGAAGUCCUCAGCUUGGAUGAUGAAAUUCAGAAGUUGGCAGAAGAGCUGUACAAGAACAAGAGCGUACUGAUCAUGGGCAGAGGCUACCAUUAUGCAACAUGCUUGGAAGGAGCUUUGAAAAUCAAGGAAAUCACAUACAUGCACUCUGAGGGAAUCCUGGCUGGAGAGCUGAAACAUGGCCCACUCGCUCUGGUGGAUAAGCUAAUGCCAGUCAUCAUGAUCAUCAUGAGAGACCACACCUACACCAAGUGUCAAAAUGCCCUGCAGCAAGUGGUUGCUCGUCAGGGGCGUCCCAUCGUCAUCUGCGACAAAGACGACCAGGAGACCAUCAGAAACUCCUGCCGCUCCAUCAAAGUACCUCACUGCGUGGACUGCCUGCAGGGCAUCCUGAGCGUCAUCCCCCUGCAGCUGUUGUCCUUCCACCUGGCUGUCCUCAGAGGAUACGACGUGGAUUGUCCAAGAAACCUGGCCAAGUCUGUGACUGUGGAGUAAACCGUUAGCACCGCACGUUUAAACACUGAUAUCAGAGGAGCGUCUGGUAGAGGGAACAACAUGGAUGUUUCCUUUUUAAUGCAACCUUUUAGCAAUGAUCUGUUAAAAUCUACAUCUCAUAUUUUUUUGUUUUUUUCCAGAAUUCUUUAGAGUGAUUAUUUUUGUUGAUAUCUUUGGUAGCAGGGAGUGGCUGGCAUUUUCAUUCUAUAUUUUUUUAUUUCUUUUUGUACUCUGUUCUGUUGCUUAUCUUUCUGCUUAAAAACCCAUAAGCAAGCCUUUCAUGUUUAUUUAUGUUAAUUGGUAUUUAUUGGAGCUUUUGUUAAAUUUGCUGACUAAGAGAAGUUGGUACCUCAGCAGCUUUUCUUUGCGUGCAAUAACAGGUUACUUGGAAUAUUUUUUUUUGCUUUGGCAGCUAAUCAUUUACAGUUGAAGUAAAACCAAUCUUGAAUCAUUCCAAAGUUACAGCCCAGUUUGAUUUCUCCUGAGGAAAUUAGACUUAAUUGCAGAGAAGGAUCCUUAGAGAACAGCUGUGGAAAGAAAAAGAUCCUGGAAAUUUUCUCCCUGUAAAAACGCACUUCUGCAAUCAUUUCUGCAUCUGAUGGGUUUUCGUGUCAUAUUCUUAUCUUGAUCUUGCCUUUUUAUUUCUUUGAAAAGAUUGUUACUUUUUUAAGUCUCUAAAAUCUAAUGUAAUCCAAAUAAGGAAGAAGUUACUGACAUGAAGUGGAAGUUGCACUUGUUUUUUUUUCUGCUCGCCGCCACAACUGCUGCCAUUGCUGGGACCAUUUGUAAUCUGUUUAGUUCUUUUGUCUUUUUCUUUAAAAAAAAAAUCAUCUUUACUUUAUUUUAUAGACAUGCUUAAAGUUUCUUUUAAAGUGAAUGUUACUGUCAUUUAACUUGUCAAACCAAAAAUCUUUGAUGUCUUUGGCGGUUGUAAACUCCGACGUGUUUUUGUAGCCAGACUUUGCUGCUGCUCUUAGAUUGAGAAAUGAAGACUAUUUAGGACCCAAAGGGGCAAAUAUCGCUACACUGUUGCUCAACCCAUGUCACAAUGUUUAUUUUUUACUGAAAAUCUAACGGGUGUGUCGGUACGUAUUGUGCGUCUGAAACAAUGAAGUAGGAGCUGUGUAAACACCUUUGCAAUCAAGCCUUAAUUUUAAUUCUUGCGUUAAUUUAACAUUAAACUUCUUUUGGAAACUGAACUAUGAUGUUAUAGGUAUGUUUUUGUUUUUUAAUCCCACCCUCCUUUCCUUUUCCAAUGGAUGCGUUGGCUUAAGCGUUUCACACCAUUUAAUGAGAAUGUUGGGUUAGUGGAAAUUAUGCAAUAAAUUUUAAAAUUCA